AAUUAAUAAUGGCAUUUAGAAAUAUUUAUACAGGUGGUGCUUGUAAUGCUGAUGGAACUUAAUAGAUGAGUUAAAAUCCAUUUAAGUAAUUUAUGGAUAGAAUGUUAUUCGGCUAAACAUAAUAAUAGUAUAUAGUUAAUUUAAGAAUGUUAGAUAAAUAUAAUAAUAGAUAAAUGUUCAAUAAGAUCCAAUGGUUUAAUAGAAAUUGUAAGAACGUUAAAGAUUAUUUGAGAGUAUGAAUUAAUAAUGGGAUGUUAUGGCUAAACAAUAUGAUUAGGCAAAUGUAGAAUAAAGAUAAAUGAUGGAAAAGAUGUUUAUAGAAGAGCAAAGAAAAUAUGAAUAGGCAAUGAUGUAGUAAUAGAUGAUGAUGGAUUUUUAAUGGUAAUAAGCAGAAAUCUAAUAUUAAGCAGAUUAAAUGGCUUAAGAAUAUUUAUUUUAAGAAGCUUAUGAAAAUGCUGAAGAUUUAUAAGCAUAAAGUGAAAAAUCAUAAAGAUUUGCUGAUGAUUUAGUUUAAACAUUAGAAAAGGAUCCUGAUCCAAGAUUUCAAUAAUCAAAAUUUUUAAGAUUUAUGAAAGAUAUUUAGAGUGGCAAUCUAAAAUUAAUAGGAAAUGAAUUGAUUACAUAAAAGGGUGAGAAAGUAGAAUAAUCAGCAUUAGAAAGAAUUUAGACUCUAGAAGAAGGAUGGGACUAAGCAACUAAGAAUGUUGAAUAAAAAUAAUCAGAUUUAACAGAAGUAGAAGAGAAAUUUUCAAAGAUGUGGGAAGAAAAAUUAGAUAAAUAUGAAAGUGAAUUAUAAAAUGAAGAUUAAUUUUAAAAAAAGCUUGAAGACACUUAUUAAUAAAUUUUAAAAGAAAUGGAUACUGGAACAGAUUUCGACAAAAUGUUUUCUGAUGCUUGGUAAGCAGCAUCUGAUUUAUAAGAAUUUGAAUUAUAUAAAGAUUCUAAUGAUACAUAUAGAUUUUAGGAAAAUAAUAAGUAUUUGACUAUGGAUUUUCCUAUAUAAGCUGCUUUAAAUUUAGUACAUUAAGGUUAAAAUACAGAAGCAAUACUUGCUUUAGAAGCUCAUAUUCAAAAAAAUCCAGCAGAUUCUAAUGCUUGGAGAAUUUUAGGUAGAUUACAUUAAGAAAAUGAUUAAGAUUAAAGAGCUGUAGCUGCAUUCUUAAAUGCUAUGAAAUAAAAUCCUAAUGAAUUAGAUACUUUAAGUGCUCUUGGUAUAUCUUGCACAAAUAUUCUUGAUGAAGUUAAGGCUAUGUCCUUUUUAAAAUAAUGGUUAAUAAGAAAUCCAAAUUAUAAGAUUGCUGUAGAUGAUAGCAUUGUACCUGAUAAUACAAAUAUUUAUGAUUAUACUAUAGACUAAAUUAAAUGCAUGAAUGCAAGAAUGAUAUAAGUUUUCGAAGCUGCACAUUAAUAAGGACCUAAUGAUGUUGAAUUAUUAAAUGGAUUAGCUGUACUUUAUUUUAUUGAAAGAAAUUAUCAAAAAUCUGUAGAAAUCUUUAAGAAAGCACUUUAAAUUGAACCUAAAAAUUAUUAGAUUUGGAAUAAAUUAGGUGCUACUCUUGCUCAUCUUGGUGAAGCUGAUUAAGCAAUGUUUUGUUAUNUAUAGAAGAGCAAAGAAAAUAUGAAUAGGCAAUGA